AUGUAUUGCAUCCCACCUUGGGUCCCUACAUUGGACUUGUGUCUUUCUCAGGCUCCUCGACCUCAUACUUUUACCUUUUGUACCAUUUCGAAAAAUGGCAUGCCCCGUGCACGAACAUGUGUAUUUCGAUCAUGGCUAUUUAAUGACAAAUCAACCGGUGUUUUGCUUUUUACUACAGAUUUACGCUCAGGGAAAAUUGACGAUCUCCAGUUUAGUGAUGGCAAGUUUGAAGCUUGCUUCUAUUUCCAUAAGGGUUCCAUUGAAGCAAAUACACAAAAUAAUUUAUCCUCAUCAUCUUCUUCUUCUUCUUCUUCUUCUUCUUCUUCUUCUUCUUCUUCUUCAUCAUCAUCAUCAUCUAUCUCUAGCGUACCUUCAACCCCUAGAUCUUCAUCAAUUCAAAUUAGACUCUCUGGCUUUGCUCAGCCUUUAAUGCCUGCGCGCAAUUUUUACCCAAAUUUAUAUAUUCCCUCUGAACAACCUUCUCCUUAUAAUAUGGCUAGUUUUCAAACACCAAACUCGCCAUCUGUAUCAUCAAUGGCUACUGCCUUGUAUAAUUCCCCCCCACAGGAAAGUGUCGAUGUUGACAAUAAUAAUAAUAAUAAUAAAAAGUCACACGAGCAACUUGAACAACAACAACAACAACAACAGUCACAACAGUCACAGCAGCCACAAGAUUCUGCUAAUGUUGCCGCUAAUGCUACUACCAUAAACAUCUCACAACAACAAUUAGCUGCUCUCAAGGGAAAUGCAAUCUAUCCCAUUUACUCACCAAGCUAUCUCGAACGAUACAGAGCUCAAUAUGCUCAUGAUUUUCAAUCCAAUGCCUACCACAAGAAUUACAUCAACAUGACUAGCCCACAAGCUGCUGUAGAUCAAGAUACAAAUAUGGAUGAAGAUUCAACCCCACCCCCUCCCACACAUGUAGAAUGGGACGAAGAAUACACCCGUGUUUGGAAAAUGAUGAGCAGAUAUGGAAAAGCAUCGUUUCGACGACCAUGUCCAGGUAGUGAGUUAGAUGACGAAAGCCGGCGGAAACUAGACAAGCUUUCACGUGGAGUUGAUGGAGCAAGUGAUGAUGCAGGUAAAGACCAGUUUGUAGUUCUGGCCAUGUUUGUCAACUCUUCAGAUGUCUUUUACGAUAGCCUCAAUCGUCGCUCUAAGUCAUAUCGAAUCGAAGAUGAUGAGUGGAUUGAAACAGAAGUUUGUCCAUGA